UGUGCGCACGGGGUCUGCAGCUUUUUCCGGACACCACAAGAAAGACAAACGGAGAAAGGGGAGACAAUGAGCUCUGGAAGAUUUCGAAGUGGUGGGAGAGAAAAGUGCAGGCUGCACAUGGUGACCUGGAACGUGGCCACGGCGGAGCCCCCUGAAGACGUCACUUCUUUGAUGCAGCUAGAUGUCCAGCCCCCCACAGACGUCUAUGUGAUUGGCCUGCAGGAGGUGAAUGCCACCCCUGUGAGGUUCAUCUCAGACUUGUUAGUGGAGGACUCCUGGAGCCACGUCUUCAUGGACACACUGGCACCCAGAGGCUUCAUCAAGGUCACAUCAAUGAGGAUGCAGGGUUUGCUGCUGCUGGUGUUUGCCAAACAAAUUCAUCUCCCCUACAUCAGAAACAUUCAGACCACCUACACCCGUACUGGCAUCUUUGGCUACUGGGGUAAUAAAGGAGGAGUGUCCGUGCGUUUUUCCUUUUAUGGCCACAUGGUGUGCUUCCUUAACUGCCACCUAGCGGCUCACAUGAACUACGCUCUGCAGCGUGUUGAUGAGAUUGAGUACAUCCUGGAGAAACAAGACUUUGACGUCGCAGAGACCCCACAAGUCCGGGAUCAUAAGGUGGUGUUCUGGUUUGGCGACCUGAACUUCCGUAUUGCAGACCACGGCUUACACUUCCUCCGCUCAUCCAUCAACAGCGAGCGCCUUAAUUUGCUGUGGAGCAAAGACCAGCUCACCAUGAUGAAGAAGAAGGAACCUUUCCUGCAGGAAUUCGAGGAAGGGCCAUUGAAUUUCAAACCCACCUACAAGUUUGGCCGUAACUCUGAUGCCUACGAUACCAGUGGCAAGAAGAGGAAACCGGCAUGGACAGAUCGGAUCCUUUGGCGCAUCAAACCCAAAACCGUGCCACCAGAGGAUGACGACGAUAAGGCAUCGACUUCUACUGUUGAUGAGCUCGAUGAGUAUCCACUGCUGGUCACUCAGGACAAGUACACCUGCGACAUGAGCUACGGAGUCAGUGACCACAAGCCUGUCAUUGCAACCUUCAGUCUUGAGCUGAGAAAGUGCUUCGACACACCACUGGUGCACGUAUCUCCUCUGGGUGUAUGGAGCGCCGACCAGGAUGCACUUCUUAACUACACCAUCCAAGAGGACUUCAUGUCCUCUACAUGGGACUGGAUCGGCCUGUACAAGGUGGGAUUCAAGAGUGCGUUCGAUUAUGAAACCUUUGUUUGGGUUAGAGAGGACGAGUUGCCAGAGACAAAUGAAGUAAUACAGAUAUCUGUGGAUAAGGAUGAGAUCCCUCUGCUGGGUGGACAGUAUGUUUUGGGUUACUACAGUACAAACAUGCAAAGCAUCAUCGGCCUCAGUGCUAACUUCCAGAUCCUGGAGUCAAAGCGUGCCGUCAUGGAAGGUCUCGUUCCCGAGAACAUCAAUGGACUCAACUAAUAAGAUCAAAUUCACCGCAGUGCCACAUCAUAUUCCUCCCCCCUUGGGACUUUACACAGAAUUGAUUCAGUCUUUCAAA